CUCCCGCAGAGCUCUGGGGAUGUCCCCACGGAUCUCGCUCCCACGGGUGGGUUCUAUUUCCCGUUUCCCCCGGAGCCGGGGGGGGAACCCGGGGCAGCGUGGGAAGGAGAUGGGGGCAGAAGGGUGAGAGCGGCGUCGGGAAGAGGAGACAUCUCCGUAUUGGCGGCGUGUGACGGCUCAGCGAACACCCGAAUGGGAUUAGAGGAUUUCACGGACACUCAGCGCCGAACGAAGGCAGCGAGAGGAGCGGGGUUAACGGGGGUAUUUUGGUUCGCAAGGGCAGAGGCGGUGCUCCGCCGUUCCCAGCUCCGUCGGUGCCGUCGGUGCGGCGGUGCCACGAUGCCCAGGGCGCUGCUGCUGCUGCUGCUGCUGCUGCUGGCGGCGGCGGUGGAGCCGGAGGAAGAGACGGCGUUCACACAGAGCGCGGCCGACGAUGCGGCGCUCGCCGUCGGGGCCGCCCCGUCGAGUCUCGCCGCCUUCCAUCGGGCCGGCAAGGCGGCGUGGCGGCUGCCCGGGCGCUACGUGGUGCUGCUGCGGGCGGGCAGCGGGGAUGCCGAGGUGCGCGGCGCGGUGCGGGCGCUGCGGGUGCGGGCGGCACGGAGCGGGUACACGAGUGAACUGCUGCAUGUGUUCAGCCUGAUGCCCGCAUUCCUCGUGAGGAUGAGCAGAGACGUCCUGGAUGCGGCACUGAAGCUUCCACAUGUGGACUAUGUAGAGGAGGAUGCGUUCGUCUUUGCACAGAGCAUCCCCUGGAACCUGGGCAGGAUUGUGCCACCACUGCCCGGCACAGGCACCUACAGCCCUCCCAAUAAAGGCGACAAGGUUCAGAUCUACCUGCUGGACACCAGCGUGCAGAGCACCCACAGGGAGAUUGCAGGCAGGGUGCUCAUCACUGGCUUCCAGAAUGUCCCUGAGGAGGAGAGCAGCCACAUCCACAGGCAGGCCAGCGAAUGCGACAGCCACGGGACCCACGUGUCUGGGGUGCUGAGUGGGCGCGAUGCCGGCGUGGCCAGGGGUGCACACAUCCACAGCCUCCGUGUGCUGAACUGCCAGGGGAAGGGCACCGUCAGCGGGACGCUCAUUGGCCUGGAAUCUGUCAUGGCAGCGCUGCAGGCUCAGCCCAGCCCACUGCUGGUGGUGCUGCUGCCCUUUGCUGGUGCCCACAGCCGUGUGCUGAACGCCGGCUGCCGGAGGAUGGUGCAGAUGGGGGCGGUGGUGGUUGUGGCUGCUGGGAACUACAAGGACGAUGCCUGCCUGUAUUCACCUGCAUCUGAGCCAGAGGUGAUCACAGUUGGGGCCACUAACCGCGAGGACCAGCCGGCCUCCAUCGGCACAAUGGGCACCAACUUCGGCCGCUGUGUCGACCUGUUUGCACCAGGGGACGACAUCGUCGGUGCCUCCAGUGACUGCAGCACCUGCUUCACCGCGCAGAGCGGCACGUCGCAGGCGGCCGCACAUGUAGCAGGCAUCGUGGCCAUGCUGCUCAGUGCCGAGCCCCAUCUCAGUGUGGCCGAGCUGCGGCAGCGCCUCCUGCACUUGUCCACCAAGGAUGCUGUCAGCACGGCCUCCUUCCCUGAGGAGCAGCGGCUGCAGACCCCCAGCAGCGUGGUGGGGCUGCCUGCACAGCUGGGUCCAGACAAGGAGCUGCUGUGCCGCUCGGUGUGGUCAGCACGCUCAGGGCCCACCUGGCUGGCUGCAGCUGUGGCUCGUUGUGCCAGCACCGAGCAGCUGCUGGGCUGCUCCAGCUUCUCACACAGCGGCUGGCGGCUGGGAGAGCACAUGGAGGACAAGGAGGGGCAGAAGCAAUGUGUGGCCCACAGCGCCAUUGGGGGACGAGGGGUCUACGCCAUUGCCAGGUGCUGCACAUGGCCCCGUGCUCAGUGCCUGCUCAGCACCAGCUCACAGGGUGACGAUGGGGCCGGCUGCUCUCUGCAGGACCAUGUGCUGACUGGUUGCAGCUUCCAUUCCCCUGUUGGUGUGCUGGGUGAUGGCGGCAGGCCCAUGCUGGGGGCAGGCAGCAGGGCUGGUGGCUGUACAACAAGGCCAGAGGGCACAGCACAUGCAUCCUGCUGCCCUGCUGCCAUGCUGGAGUGCCAUGUGAAGGACCACAAGCCUGAGGGCUCUGCAGAGAAGGUGACAGUGUCCUGUGAUGCUGGCUGGACGCUGACAGACUGCAGCGCUCACUUGCAGGGUCCUGGCACCUUGGGUUCCUAUGCUGUGGCUGACACCUGUGUUGCAGCCAGUGCUCCUGGCAGCCUCGCACCCAGAGCCAUCGCCAUUUGUUGCCGGAGCCGGCAGUAGGGCUGGGCUGACAGCACUGUUGUAGCAGGCCUGGAUGCUGGCAGGGCACAGCAGUGCCACAGAGCCCUGACCCACCACAUCCCUGUACAUACAGUGACUGUAUAGUAUAUUGUAGCUCACAUUACUACAGAAUCAGCUGCUGCUCAUUAGCAUGCUUUUUGUUGUUAGAGUUAAGGACCCAUUGGUGCUCCACACUGCUGUAAAUUGCUCUGUUCCACAGCUCCAGACAGACCCAGCUGCACCUCCUUCUUGAAAAGGAAUCAUCUUUUGUAGCACUUUUCAUCUUGUACAUUUGUACUUUCAAUAUUUAUUUGGAGUUUUAUAAAUAAACCUUCUUAUAAUUGCCUUCUAACAAUGAAAUUCCUAGAGCAGCACUUUGCAGAUCCACGCUCCAGUUUCUGACCAUCCCCAAGGGUAAAAGGUUGCAGGGCAGAGCUGGGAUGAGGUCUCUGAGCUCUGCUUUGUUAGUGACACAACCAAGUUUGUUUUUAAAACAGCAUCUGAAUGCAAGAGCUUCAAGUUGUGGAAACAAAACGUCACCCAGCUUCAGGAAAUGUGUCCUUGGUGCUGCUGCCAUGAGCUCUGGGUGGAACACAGCAAGGUCUGAGCCCAGCAGAAGGUCAGUGCAGGUGCUCAGGAAACAGCAGCCUCCUGUUAUUGAGGUAUAUCACAACCACUGCUCCAGGCAGAAGCCAGGCGGAUGCUCAUGCAGCAGUGAGUCCAGCACAGCUCUUAUGGCUCAGUUCACACUCACUCACAUGAGAUCAGUGAGGGGAAAUGAUAUGGGAACAAGAUCAGCCCUUGCUGAGCAUCUGUGUGCAGGUAAGCAGAAAAAUUAAUCUUGUUUGUUCUGGGGAUCAAACUGAAAAAAAUAAAACAGCAAAAUAAACCUGAGGGAUCCUGUUACACCUGAGGACACGUGGGGCAGUUUUAUCAGCCCAAGAAGCAGCACAUGUACUUGAUACCCAGUCCUUCCUCCAGGACAGGAACUGCCAGUGGAGGCUGUGGGUGAUGUGAACACAAGGACUUGUGUUUCAAGCAUGCCCUGUCUGAGGCCUCUAGCUUUGCUUGCAGAGGAAGGCAGAAAGGCAAUGGGGACAGCAGCACAGCUUUGUGCACUGGGCACCAACAGAUC